UCAAGAUUUCAGGAUGGAUUAUAAGAAGAUGGCCGAUGAGGUCUCACAGAAGGUUUUAUCAUAUCUUAAAGAUGACUCGGGGUGGAAACUGGCCAAAUCCAGCGGCAAGAUCACCGUUUCAUGGAAACCGUCCAAUGAAUUCUCAGGAAAUCUAUACCGCGGAGAAGGGAUCAUUGAGGAGGUGCCGGAAAAAAUAAUUCCAUUUCUGUAUAGUGAUGAACACAGGAAGAAGUGGGACAAAGACUUGAAAUUCUACUCCAUUCUAGAGCACAUUGACCAGGACACCGUGAUCGGUCAUACCAUCACUCACAGUUACGGUAUGGGUCUUAUUUCAUCACGAGAAUUUGUGGAUCUGAUACACAUUAGGAGGUAUGACGGAGGAGUCGUCACCACUAACUCUGUGAGUCUUGAGUAUGAAAAAUGCCCGGUGACUUCCGAUCGCAUUCGAGGCUUCAACAACCCAUGUGGAUAUAUAUGUUCUCCGCUGCCCGAGAAUCCGGCACAUUCCAAGCUUGUGGUCUUCAUACAAACAGAACUUGGUGGUCUUCUACCACGAGCUUUGGUGGAAUCGGCAUUACCCAGCAACAUUAUCGGCCUCAUCACCAACGUCCGGGAAGGAACUAAAAAAUUUGUACAAGACGGAAAAUGA